GUUGAAGUGGGCAUAAUGGCGGAACAAGAACAAGUGAUUAACUUCAAGGUUCUGAAGCUCUAUCAAUCUUACGAGAUCUUGCCCGUAUGGAGACUUUUAUGGACGAUUACAACAUUGAUCGGCGUCUCUAUCGUGACAAGAAGCUUUUACCGACUUUACUUUCAUCCCCUUAGAAACUUUCCUGGCCCAAGGCUUGCGGCAAUCACUCAUUUAUAUGAGUUUUACUUCGAUGGGAUUCAAGGUGGAAAAUUCAUUUGGGAGAUUAACCGGAUGCAUGACAAGUAUGGUCCAAUUGUGCGAAUCAACCCCCGUGAAAUUCAUAUUAGGGACCCCUAUUUCUUCAACCAGAUCUACAACACUGGAGUGCAAGAUAAAGACAGAUACAUGGUCAAUAUUUCCACCGCGCCACUUUCGACAUUUGCCACAGUUGAUUACCAUCUCCAUAGAUCUCGCCGGGGAAUCCUCAACCCAUUUUUCUCGAGACAAUCUGUGUUCAAGGUCGAGGAUAUAGUCCAAGAAAAGGUCGGAAAAGUAACCACGCGCCUGGAAACAGCCCACCAAAACGGAUCUGCCGUGUUCCUAGAUGAUAUCUUUGCGGCAUUAACUGCAGACAUAAUUUCGGACUAUGCGUACGGAAAGAGCCUUAAUGUUCUUGAUGAUAAAAAUUUUCGCAAUAGCUUUCGAGAUGCCCUGACAAGUGGAGCGCCUCUUUGUCACAUGCUGCGAUUCUUUCCUCUAUUGUUGACACUCCUCGACCGCAUACCAUCAGUUAUACAGUGGCUGAGCCCGAGUACUGCGGGUCUAUUCGACAUGAAGCGGGGAGUCGAACAGCAGAGUAGAGAGGCAAUUCAAAAGAGCAAAUCUGCGCGCUCGGGUCAAUCAGCCAGAACUAUAUACGAUGCUUUGACCGAUAGCUCGGUUCCAGCGGAGGAGAGAACGAUGGAGCGCCUGCGAGACGAGGGCAUGGUUGUGCUUUCAGCAGGUACAGAAACAACAGCAAGGGUAUUGUCUAUGGGUGCGUUUUAUAUCUACCGGGACGAGCACAUUCUGCGCAAAUUACGAGAAGAGCUCGAAAAAGCCCUGCCAACACUCGAUGAGAACCUCUCCUGGACCCAGCUGGAGAAACUGCCCUAUUUGAGUGCAAUUGUCAAAGAGUCUCUUCGGAUGAGCAGCAGUGUAACCAUUCGAGCACCAAGAAUUUCUCAUAGAGUGCUGGCAUAUAAAGAAUAUAUGAUUCCACCCGGAACUCCUGUUAGCCAGUCCAUCUAUUUUGUGCAUACAGAUCCUACUGUAUUCCCCAACCCGGACAAGUUCGAUCCAGAAAGAUGGAUAAAAUCUUCUGAAAAUGGAGACCGACUCGAGCGAUACCUAGUUCCAUUUUCAGGGGGCUCAUUCAUUUGCCUCGGGAUGAACUUGGCUUAUUGUGAAUUGUAUCAUAUGUUUGCAACGCUCGUGCGCCGCUUCGAUUUGAAGCAUGAGACAAAGCCGGAGGAAAUUAGAAUCACACGCGACUUCAUUAUAGGUUUGCCGGAUGAAGACGAGCUCAAGAUACGAAGCUAUGUAUCUAAUGUUAUAAGAGACUAG